UUGUAGAUAUUUAAGACAUUGAUCCUUGAGCCUGUACAUAUAUGAUAGUUUUACAUUAAGCAUUUUGUGAAAGCGAAAGUGAGAUGAACGGAUUGUAACUGAUCACAUUGCACCGAUGAACAAGGAAUUAGAGUUAUAGUGAUAUAAACACCUCUUGGAUAAAUUGCCACAUUAAGACAUUAUUAGGAAAAUGUGUUUGCAGGUUGAUACCGUUUAUAACAACGGUUAGCAGUAACGAUGGAUGAGAACCUCCGGAAGCAUUCAACUGUGAAUCACCAUGGAUGAGCACCUAGCAUUCAACGGAAAAGCUGGGAAGCUCGAUGAACGUGUAUUUUCAAAGCUGAAAUUACUAUCCCGGCCUGUUAAAGCCAGACAAGACAACGCACAACAAGGCAAUGAAACAACGCUUGUUUCAAAAGAUGAUGUUCCGUUCUACAACACCCGUCUUGUUUUACGCACGGUUGAAAAAUCUUGGACGGGGGAUCUAUCUGAGGAAGAAAUAGAGAAUAACCUGGAACAGAUAACUCUACAUUACGCAAUUGUUCCCCAAGUGGCCUACUACAGAAAUAAACAGACUGUUAGCUUCGUUGCACCAUACUUCGGAGGGGGGACCUUAGAUGAAGUAAUACAGAAAGAAAGAGAUAAAACAGCAGCGGUCGAAACGGAAAUACCAUCUGAGAGAAAACCGGAAAAAACACUUGAAAGACCGCAAACGUUAGAAUGGAAGGAUAAGUUACGAAUACUUUACCAAAUAUGCCGGGCCAUUGAAUAUCUUCAUCAGCCAUCAAAAUGUGAAAGAAAACCUGUAUCCCAUGGCAACAUUUGCAUGCAAAACGUUCUAUUGGAUGAGCAGAAAAACGCCCGAUUGUUAUUUCUUACACCAAAAUCGGUCGAAGGAGGAGUUGGGGAGGAACAGUUUCAAGAGGACAAACACAAAGAUGUGCACGCCUUCAAAGAAAUGACUCACGACUUCCUUAAACAAAGCAGGAAGAAAACAGAUGUUCUUGCACGUAUUCAAAGGGUUGUUACGAUGACAGAUAUAAAAAAAGAAUUGGAGUCGGAUCUCAGAGGAGAGGGUAUAAACUGGUGGACCCCAUUGCAAGACGUUGGAAAAACGAAAGAAAAGUGUGAGAUUUGCUGCGUAAAUAAGCCCGGGAAGACUUUCGAAAAGCUUACACAUGAUCAAUUCUGUGGUUCCAAAAUACAGAUGUGCGUUGGAUGUUUGCGGAACUGGCAAUUCAAUCCCGUCAAAUGCCACACGUGUGAUCAAGACAAAAUACGGUCCCCAGUCGGUGAUGGCUGGUGUGCAAUUAUGAUAGCGGGCACAGAUGAGAAGCAGGACAUAACAAAACGUUUUGAAGACGAUAUAGAAAAGCUGAAAGAUAGAGUAAUUACAAAAGCGACUUUAAUGGGUGUAAGGAACAAUGUUGUCACAGUAAAGAAAUCUAAUACAACGUACGGUGAACAAUUAGAGAAGGCGUUCAACAAUGUUGAUACUCCAGAGAUCACCACCAUUGUACUAGUUUAUUCGGGUCAUCAUUGGGGUGGAAUAUUUCAACUAGAUACUUACCCGUUGAAAGAUAGUGAGCUUGAAAUGAAAAUCAAUGGUCUUAAACAUGUGACGAAAGUAAUUGUAUUUCUUGAUUGCUGCUACCCAAAGAAGUUUAAUCUGGGCGACAAAGCGGUAUUGCAGAUCAAUGCGGUAACAAGCCGACAAAAAGCUAUAUGUGGACAAGCAGGUAGCCAGUUCGUAAAUGACAUUGUCGAUGUAUUGACAAAGCCCUGGGAAUGUAACUGUUGCAAAAAUAGACCUUUAAUAAGAGAUUAUGACAUACACAGGCAUUUCAACAAUCACCUCAACUGUUUGCCGACAGAAACGUCACAACAUUCAUACACACAAGGGGACAUUGAUCACAUUCUAACGUUUAGAGCAGUUGACCCUGGAUGGCAGAAAGCGUUGGAUGAAUCAUUAGAAAGCAGCCCAUUCCAAAAAUUGAGAAAUAAGCUAUUUGAACUGUACAAAGAAAAUGCAAGCACAUUAAGAGUUCGUAUUGACAUUGAUGAUGCACUUGAAAAAGUAUAUGAAGAGCCUAAACUUACUUUAAAGGAAAAUGGAAAAGAAGAAAGGCCUAUAGAUUUAAAUAACAUUUUUCGAAGCAAAGAGGGCACGAUGGCUAAAACGAUAUUUGUUGAAGGAGAGCCUGGCUUUGGAAAGUCCUCGCUAUGUAAGAAGAUCGUUCAUGAUUGGUGUGAAACAAAACAGCAACGGGAGGGGCAGUCAACGGAUAAAUGGAGUGAAAUGUUAAGUCAGUUUGAAUUCGUAUUUUACGUUAUUCUCCGAGAGGCAAAGGAUGAAUGCAACAUCUCGAAUAUGAUAUUGAAAUAUAUUAUUGCCAGGAACAGAUUAGAACAAGAAAGCGAAAUAAUAUUGCUUAAAGACAUUUUGGAAACCAACACCUGUCUGCUAUUGCUUGAUGGCCUAGACGAAUGGCAGCAUCCUGAAAAGUGCACUCUGAGUGAGAAAACUCCCCAUGUUGAUACUAGUUGGAAGAAAUGUACCCUAUUAACCACAACUAGGCCGUACAAACUGACUGAGCUAAAAAUAAACUGCUCUAAGAUUGGGAAUCACGUGAUGUUGAAGGGAGUUACGUAUCCUGACAAACUAGUUGAAAAAAUAGUUUCUAGAUUAAAUACCAUUCACGGCACAACAAAAUUAAAGGAUCAAUGCAUCACGGACAUCAAACAAAAGCGUAUGUGGCAUUUCAGUAAAUGUCCAAUCGUGUUAUCUCACAUCGUUUGGCUUUGGUACAAGGGAAAACUUUCGGAAGAUAUGAAACGUUCUGAUCUUUACAAAACCUUGCUGAAGGAACGAUGGUUUGAAUCAUGUGAGAAGAACAAAUCAUGUACUGAAUCCAAAUACAGCGACAUGAUAAAUGCUCUGAGCCAAAUAGCAUUUGAACAGUUAUUUGCUAAAGAUGAAGAUAGUACAAUUGUGUUUGAAAUAAAUCAGGAGGAGAAUACGAUCUUCAAAAAUCAAAAAGGUGCACCGUUAGAUUCUGGCAUCAUUUCCUGCACCAAUAUUCCUGGUGAAUAUUCUCCGAAAUACCACUUUUUGCACAAAUCGUUUCAAGAGUACCUAGCGGCGCUGUAUUUAUCAAAAGACAUUUCAACGUCGAUCUUGCAUAUCAAAAAAGCAUACCAAAUUUACAGAAGUGAAAGCGGAACUAGCUUGUCCGAAGUUUUAAUUUUCCUUUGCGGUUUGAAUUCCAAAGCUGCCGAAGAACUUUCGAGAAUAAUGAAUGAGCUGUUCACUGAAUUUUGCGAAAGAGAUAGUAAUUAUAGUUAUGAACUAGUAAAGUUUCAGAAAAAGAUCAUUCAAGGUCAAAUAGAGCUAAACAGGGGAGAAAGCUCCGGGGUGAAAUUAAGUCUACAGCACAUGUAUCUUGGAUAUGUAGGCGAGCCAAACAGAGACGAAAAACCCGUCAUUGAAGAAUAUAUUAAGACAAACCAAUCAUACAUAGUAUCAUUGUAUAUAUUUCGCAAUCCCGAACUGGCAUUGUCUUUAGCGAAGAGUAAUGACAACCAAGUUCUUGAUUUAGAGAAUUGGAGGGGUCUGAAGUACUUCGGAUUAAACUUAAGCGUUUUCAAAGAUGUCGCUGGUUUGAAUGUGAGUAAUUUAGUAAAAUGCGAAAUACAAUUCAGUUCUCCCCAGCAAGCUCCGAACCUCGCAUCUUCAUUCUACAACUCUGAUAUGAAAACAAUGAAAUCACUUCAAGUGUCAAACUGUACAAACUUGAAUUGGCUACAUAAAGAUCUAGAACCAAAGGGAAUCCUUAAAGUUGUGAAGGGAAAGGUUUUGAAAUGGCUACAUCGACAGGGCACUCUUAAUUUACGACGUAUUGAAAACCUUGAACACCUUACCGAACUUGGAUUGGAAGGACUGUCGUACUCAGACGUGUUGAAUCUGCCAGUGUCGAGACUAUACACACUUAGAGUUGAAUUCAUUAAGCUACAGCGAGCACCAAAGCUGAUGUCAUCGUUAUUACCACAUGGAAUAUGCAAGAAUGAACGGGAAGGUCUUUUCUCUCACCUGAAGUACGUAUACUUGGAACGUAUCCGCAUGUCAGAGGAACAGUUCAGACGACUAUCGCAGUCUUUCAUAAAAGCGGGAGGUACGUCAUUGGUGUUGCGGGAAUGUUCCAUAGAACCGGAAGAUGAUGUACCGCAGGAUCAGAAUGAUAGCGAGCAGCAGGAAGUAUCAUCUGAAUGUACAACAAACAUUGAGCUUUUGUGUCUCGCCAUCACAGUAGAGGGGUUUAUUCGUCUGAUUGAUUACGUGACCAGAUGCGGUAAAUCCGUGAAAUGUGACUUGGACAUGAUCACCCUGGAAUCAAACCCUGCUUUUGAACAACUAGGCUUGUCGACGGUGGUUCCACAUCCCAUCUCAGCUGAUUAUACCACGGUGUUGGAACUAUCAUGUAUUAGGAUGUCAACAGAACAAAUUUGUCAAAUCGUCGGUAGGAUGAAUCAACUCAACCAUUCAGUAACAUUAACAUUGUUUUGUUGUACCGAAAUAUCAGACGAGUACAAUCCGCUGAGGAACCAGAUGGUACCUCCACCAAGCCCGUCACAGGACUGUACCAAACAUAUUAAGAUCGAAGACACGGACAUAUCGGAAACAUUGUGUUUGUAUGUUGCUUCCAGUGCAAUUUAUUAUGGAUACACGUGUGAGAUUUCAUAUUGUGAUAUACUGCCCAGUGAAGUGUCGCAUUCAGACAACCUUUACUUUCCUCAGAUGGCUUUCAACCACUCACCUGCUCAUACAGCAAAACUCAGACUUGAUACCGUAUCAAUACCACAGGCCAUAGUUGAGCGCCUCGCUCGUCAAGCGGCAGUAUCUGGACAUUUGGUUGAGUGUGUGUUAGACAAGUGUAGUGUAUGGCCUCCUCCGGAUGUCUGGCCAUUGAAGGAGAAGAUGGAGGAAUACCCUUCCAUUUAUUUCGAGACAUUCAAGUUUGAACCAAACAACAACGACGGCGUCAUAUACAAAUCUGUGUGGCCCAAAAGUUAUAAGGCGGACCAAACAUGGGACAUCCGUUUUAAAGUAAACGCAAAGAAGUCUGCACUCGCUAUGUCCACUGCAGUUAAGCCCGAAGUUACGGAAUAACCACGCAUGUAGAACGGACGUCGGAAUAUUUGACAACGUGAGAUCACUACGGAGAGUUUAUUCAUACUAAAGUGCACUCAUGCAAAGUGUAAGAAGAACAAUGUACACAAUUGGUGCCUGCAAUGGGGAUACUAGAGUACACUCAUGCAAAGUGUAAGAAAAACAAUGUACACAAUUGGUGCCUGCAAUGGGGAUACUAGAGUACACUCAUGCAAAGUGUAAGAAUAACAAUGUACACAAUUUGUGAGACCGAACGAAUUUUGAAUCGCUUUUGUAGAUACUUAAAUUACAAAUUCAUUUUAGCACACAUUUCUGUAAAUACUCUCGUCAUUUGAUAGUUUUUUCACAAGGUAUAGAAACAUCCAUUUUCUUGAACAAUAUGUAUCGGUUUUUUUUAAAAGAUCGUUUGAAAGAUAAUUGCUUAGUUUCUUAUUGAUAGAAUGAUGUAAAUAUGCGUUUUAAAUUAUAACAACAUAGGUACAUACGGUGGAAACAAUAUAGUUUGUUUUCCAUUUGCCCCCCCCCCCUUUAUUAAGAGUCACCUUCUGCAUUCUGCCCCCUUUAUCAAGAGUUAUAUUGUGUAUUUUGUUCCCCUUGAUCAACAGUUACCCUUUCCAAAUGGCCCCUUUAUGAACCGUUAUCUUUACCAUUUGGCCCUUUUAUCAAAAGUUGUCUUCUUUAUUCUCUCCCCUUAUCAAGUGUUAUCUUUUAUAUUUAGCCCUUUUUAUAAGAGUUAUCUUUUCAAUUUGGACCCUUUAUCAAGAGGUAUCAUUAAAUUAAUCCCCCUUUUUUAAGAGUUAUCUUUUAUAUGAUACCGUUUUCAUCAAGAAUUAUCUUUUCAAUUUGGGCCCUCUUUACAAAGAGAUAUAUUUCCUAUUUUGACCCAUUAAUCAAUUAAUUUAUUUGGUAUCCUUUAUCAGGAAUGAUCUUGUCCAUUUGGCUCCCUUUUUCAAGACUUAUAUUUUACAUUAUGCACCCCCCCCCCUUUAUCAAUAGUUCUUAUUUUUCUCCAUUUGGUUCCCUACAUCAAGAGUUAUCAUUUAUAAUUUUCCCCUUUAUCAAUAGUUGUUAUUUUCUCCAUUUGGUCCCCUACAUCAAGAGUUAUCAUUUAUUAUUUUCCCCUUUAUCAAUAGUUUUUUUUUCUAUUUUGUCCCCUAUUUGUUCAGAUAUCAUAGAAUAAACAUAGUGUGUUUUAAGAUUACAUAUACAGUAUGUAUCAUUGGAGGAAAAGAAACAAGCGAAAGCGUGUAUAACAUACUGUCUGCUGUAUACAUUUGUCCAUGAUUCAUUUUUGUUUUCUUUUAUUUAUACAUUCAUGAACAUUGUUUCAAUAUCCUUUAUUAAUCAGUAUAUAUUGAGACAGAAAUAAUUGUGUCGUUAUGUUCCUAUUCAUAAGUUCUGAUCAUGAUAAAUGAUAGGUGAAAGUUUGCUUUGUACAAUUUGUAAAUAUGUUUUUUGAAUGAAAAUACGUUUUUUUGAACUUAAAACACGAAGAAAUGAAAAAUUGUUCGUACUUCUGUGCAUGUUUUGAUGCAUUUUGUGUUAAAUCUAUUACUUACAAGAAUUUUAAUCCUAUAUUUCCAAUUUCUUUCAAUUGUAGUUUUCUUUGGAAGUAAAUAAUAGUAAUACGUAAGCGGUACGUGAAAAGAAAGAUCAUUGUAUGAUUACUUUUUUAGCUUUGAAUAACCUGUGGAAAUCUUGUUUUGGUACAUAAUUGAAUUCAUGACGAAAAACUUUAUGAAAAACUGAAAUAAAUCAAUAUGUACACGUUUCAUUGAAAUUUACUAAUUAUAAAUAUCUUUGUAUAUACAUUAACCUUUGUUAUUCAUAUCAGUUGUAGUAUUCCCAUAUAAAAAAAUUACAUUGUUCAUUUAUUCAACUGAUUAGACGGUGCAUGUACGUACUGAACAUUGUAUGAUUUUAUGUAUUUUGCUUUGUAUAACUUAUGAUCAAAGUUAUUGGAUGAGUUAUUCUUUUCUUAAAGGGAAAGACGCAUUGUUUUAUUGAUUAAGAAUUGAAUUUAUAACAAAAAAAAUCAUGAAAACCAUGACACCAUUUGUAUUUUGCUUUGUAUAGCUUGUGUAUAUAGUUAUUGGAUGAGUUAUUGUUUUCAUAAAGGGAAAGUCGCAUUGUUUAUAUAGAAUUGAAUUUAUAACAAAAAACUUCAUGAAAAACACAAAUAUAUCAAUAUGUGAACGUUUCUUGAAAUUUCCUUUUAUGGAAAUUUCUGCAUAUAAUUUUAAACAUUUGUUAAUCAUAUCAGUUGUAGUAUUCCCAUGUAAAUAAGUACAUUGUUCAUAUAUUCAACUUAUUAGACGGUACAUGUAGGUACUGAUCAUUGUAUGAUGUUUUGUCUUUUGCUUUGUACAAGUUUUGAACAUAGUUAGUGGAUGAGUUAUUGAUUUGUGAAAUGGAAAAGCGCAUUAACAAAUGAAGUUGACGGUACAAGAACGUUAGUUAAAUUUAUUUACCUUUCCAUUGUAAUAUACAAUGAGUUCAUUUAUUGAACUUGGUAUACGUCACAUGGACGAAGGUUAAUGAUGUAUGUUAUUCAUUUACAUUUCGUAAGUUAAUUACUAUAUUGUUCAAUUACUGAACGUAGUCGACGUUACGUGAUUGUAUGUUGAUUGACACAAUAUGGUGACUGAUAUGUAUUUGCUUUCCCCAAUUGUUGUACUUAUAUUGUUCAAUUACUGAACUAAAUAGACGAACAUGAACGUAAGGUAAUGGUGUUUGCAAUUUAUUUAUCUUUCCCAUGUUCAUUUCUAUUUUGUUCAAUUAUUGAACUUAGUAGAUAUAACAUUAACGUACAUAAAUGAUGUCUGCAAUUCAUUUACUUUUCAAUGGUUAAUUACUAUAUUGUUAAGUUUAUAAGCUUAGCAGAUGGAACAAUAACGUAAGUUAAUGGUGUCUGCAAUUUAUUAACUAUUUGCAUAUUAAUUACGAUAUUGUUCACUUAUUGAAAUAAGAAGACGUAGUAUUAAGGUAGGCUUAUGGUGUCUGCAAUUUAUUAACUUUUCAUAAGUUAAUUACGAUAUUGUUCAAUUACUUAACGUAGUAGAUGGAACAUUAACGUAAGUUAAUGGUGUCUGCAAUUUAUUUUUUUCCAUAUUAAUUACGAUAUUGUUCACAUAUUGAACUAAGUAGACGUAUUAUUAACGUAGGCUUUUGGUGUCUGCAAUUUAUUAACUUUUUAUAAGUUAAUGACGAUAUUGUUUACUUAUUAAACUAAGAAUACGUCAUAUUAACGUAAGCUUAUUGUAUCUGCAAUUUAUUUACUUUUCAUAAUUAUUGCGUUUCGACAUGAGGGUGUUUUAAAAAAAAAAGCCAAAGGGUGUUUUUGUUCGAAAUAUGGCCAAAUCUUAACUGUCUAGGCCACAAUCGUUUCAAAAUAAUGUAAGUGCGUUUUUAUUCAGUCUUAUACAGUUUAUAAAAUAAAGAUAUAACUUUAUUCGAUAAAGUCAAGUAUUCCCAAUCAUGAAUUGAAUAUCCUGCAUUGGGAGCUUUCAAUCACCCUUAUUGUUUAUAAUAAUGUUGUAAAAUAUAAGUGCUACAAACAUGCUGUGUUAAUGACCUCUGAUAUAGACACAAUUCAUAGAUGAAAAAUUUGAAGUCGUUGUAUGGACGAUGUGUAUUUAUUCCGUUUUGUAUUGAGUGGACUAGUGAGUUUUAAUUAUGUGUAUUGAUGGUGUGUAUUAACUCUGUGUUUGGAUGGCGUGUAAUAUUUUUAUGUGUGUAUGGUGUGAAUUGACUCUAUAUAUGGAUGUUGUUUAAUAACUCUAUGUAUAUACGAUGUGUAAUAACCCUAUGUAUACACGGUGUGGUGUAUGGAUGGUGUUUAAUUACCCAAUGUAUAGACGGUGUGUAAUAAUAUAUUUUGGAUGGUAUCUAAUAACUGUAUGUAUGGAUGGUAUAUAAUAACUCUAUUUUGUGUAUGGACCGUGUGUAAUAACUCUAUGCUUGGAAUGUUUUUAAUAAAUAUAUUUUUAUGGUGUGUAAUAACUCUUUUUAAAUGGAUGAUGUGUAAUAAUUGUAUGUGUGGGUGCUGGGUAACAGCUCUAUGUUUGGAUAGUGUGUAAUAACUCCACGUAUAGGUUGUGUGUAAGAAAUGUGUGUAUGGAUGAUGCAUUCUUACCAUAUGUAAGGAUUAUAUGUUAAAAAUGUUUGAAUGGAUAUUGUUUAAUAACUGUAUGUAUGGAUUAUGUGCAAUAACAGUAUGUAUGGAUUAUGUGCAAUAACUGUAUGUAUGGAUUAUGUGUAAUUACUGUAUGUAUGAAUCAUGUGUAAUAACUGUAUGUAUGGAUUAUGUGUAAUAACUCUAUGUAUAAAUUGUGUGUAGAAUUAUGUGUAUGGAUGAUGCAUUCGAACUAUAUGUAUGGAGUGUGUGUAAUAAGUAUAUGUACGGACGAUGUGUAGUAACUAUGUAUGGAUUGUGUGUAAUAAGUAUAUGUACAGACCAUGUGUAGUAACUUUUCACGGAGUACUAAUUUGUCAAUCAAGUGGAGUCGUAUUUUUACAGUAAAAAUGAGCAUAUCUAGCUUUGUUCAUAAAUAUUAUUUUUUUUAAUUUAAAUUUCAGCCAAUAAUUGAAUAGAUGUGUGUAUGAUAUAUAUUGUUUUCAGAGAUUGAACAAAUGUGUUUAUGUGGUGUGUAUUGCUACUAGAAAUUGAGUAAAUGUGUGUGUUUGAUAAACAUUGCUAUGAUAGAUUGAAUAAAUGUCUGUGAUUAUC